GCUGCGGCAACAACACCGCGCGAGCCCCGCUUAAGUCUUCCUCCGCUUGCUGAGGCGGAGCCAGGCUCGCGCGUGGCUGGCAACGAGGAGGGGAGGAGCGGGCGGCAUGAUCGGGACCGUGCUCUGUUACGUGCUGCUGCCCGUGGCGCGGCUUCUGCAAGCUUUACGAGAUGGUUUUUUUACAUGCCGAAAGAAUGCGCUUCUGGUGAAGAGCACAGCGGCCCAUAUAGAAGGCCUUCCGGUUUGUGGGAAGCCAGUUUCAGAGGAGAAGCAAGCCCUGCUGCAGCAGUGGCUGGAGGAAGAAGCUGGGGGGCCAUACACCAAUGAGAGCACUUCAGAAACAGAGAAGGUGUCAGCCACUUUGGCUGCUGAGUGGCUGGAAGGCCCACAGCUACUGAUGACAAGCUUAAGCGAUUUGAAUGUGGCCCCACAGUCUGAUGGCCAGGAGCAGCAACAGGUGGUUCAGAAUGAAACGACUUCUGGACUACAGGAAUUUGUAGAAACUGCAUUGGCAAAUUUACCACUAGAGGAAAGAGAGGCCAUAGAGGACAAUACUGUAUGGACAGCACUAAGGACCCAGGCUAAUCUUCAGGCUGUUGACGGUGCACCUCUGUCCACAGAAGUGUGGAUUGAAGACCCUGCUGUGUUGGCUUGGAGUCCUGCUCAGGAGACUGAUGUGGUGACAGCAGAGGGCGUUGUGUUUCCUUUUGAGAACACAGAUCAAUUUCAGCCACUCCCAGCGGAAAUACCUUAUCAUGAGAUUCUUUGGAGGGACUGGGAAGAUGUUUCUGCUCAGGCUUGUAUCUCAGAGCCAAGCUCAGAUGCUGGAUCUUUAUUUGAGUUCAGAGUCAUGUCCUACAAUAUUCUGGCUCAGGACUUGAUAGAACAGAGUCCUCAUCUUUACAUGCAUUGCCAUCCAGACAUUUUGAGCUGGAGCUAUCGUCUUGCAAAUCUCUUACAGGAGAUCCAGCACUGGGAUCCUGAUAUUCUUUGUCUCCAGGAGGUUCAGGAGAAUCACUAUUGGGAGCAGCUGGAACCAACUCUUGUGAUGAUGGGCUUUGGUUGCAUCUACAAGCGGCGGACGGGAAGAAAGACAGAUGGUUGUGCAAUCUGCUACAAGCAGAGCAAGUUCCAGUUAAUCAGUGCUAACCCUGUUGAAUACUUUCGGCCUGGCUUGGACAUCCUCAACAGAGACAACGUUGGUCUGGUGCUAUUGUUGCAUCCCUUACUGCCAGAGAGCUUGGGAGACAAGGCAAUCAGACCCUUGUGUGUGGCAAACACUCAUGUUUUGUACAAUCCUCAUCGAGGGGAUAUCAAACUGGCCCAGGUGGCUCUGCUUCUGGCAGAGAUAGACAAGACUGCAAAACUGGUUGAUGGCAGUUACUGCCCCAUCAUCUUAUGUGGGGACCUAAAUUCUGUGCCUGACUCGCCGUUAUACAAGUUUAUCAGGAAUGGCCAGUUGUACUACCAUGGGAUGCCAUCCUGGAAGGUGUCUGGGCAGGAAGAGUUCUGUCAUCACCCACAUCAGCGGAAACUGCUGACUCCUCUGUGGCCCAGCUGUCUAGGUAUAACUGAUAGUUGCCAAUAUGUCACUCUUUGCAAAAGGAAGAAGUCAGACAGGCGUAAAUAUAGCCGUGAUUUCUUGCUUCAGUUUCGUUAUUGUGAUGUCGCCUGUGACCGACCUGCAGAAUUAGCCCUGUUGGAAGGAGUGACAGAUGCCAAACCAGAACGUCCUGCACAUUGGUCUAAGGAGCUCACUGUGGAGAAUAACUCUGAUGCAGAACUGUUCUGUUCCAGAUAUCCAGGCUGUGUCCAGCAUGGCCUGAACUUGACCUCUGCCUAUAGCCAUUUCCUGCCUCAGAAGGGCCGCCCUGAGGUUACAACUAUGCCAAUGGGUAUGGGAGCCACCGUUGAUUAUAUCUUCUACUCAGCAAAUCCAAUCAGGAAUGAGAAUGUAGGAGGUCGCAGGAUGUACCAAGAUGGAGCCCUAAAACUACUUGGCCGCCUGUCCCUCCUCUCUGAAGACAUCCUUUGGUCAGCAAAUGGCUUGCCUAACCCUUUCUGUUCAUCUGAUCAUCUCUGCCUGUUGACCAGCUUUGGCUUAGAGAUCUCUGGCUUCCGAUCAUAUACCAGACCUCUAGAACUCUCACAAGAGUUGCUUUGAAAGGGGAAAUCAUGCCACUGAAGUUUGCAUCAGUUAACAAAAAAAAGAAAAAAAAUCAACUAUCUACCCCACCCCUUCCCUUUCCCCCCUUUUGAGUUUCCUUUGUUCUUUUUUCCCAUGCAUCUUUCUCAUGAGGAAAGCAUUGGAUUCACCUCUAAUGCUGCAGUUCUACUCUGGGCUUCUCUGCCAGUUCAUGCCUGCCUCUACUCUGGCUUGCACCAUCUUUUAAAGGACAUCCUGCCAGCAAACUUGACGUUUGGUAGGUUUGCCAUUAGCCAUCAUGAUCCAAAAGGUCACCAGAGCUUGUGUACUUUGUUAGUGAGCACUCCGAGGGCCCUUGGAGAGCAAGAUAAGAGUGGACUUGUGGUUUUUAUUAUGACUCUUCCUGCAAACUGAUUUCUCAUCGCACUCGGGCCAGAAUAGUUUUUUGCAAAUGUUCAAAAUGUAGCUUUUUUGUGGUGCUGCUGCUUGCAACCUUAAGGGUGUUAAUUGACUGGCCAGUCAGCUUGGAGAGAAUCAAAGCAAUUUAAGUGACUUCAUACGCAAAGAGUUUCUAUCAGGCCAGGCUUCAACUCUCCUGCAUGAACAGAGACACUGAGAACCUUUCAGCAUUAGUCAGAUUUUCCCCCUCUGCCUGGAGUGCACUAUUCCAUUUUAUAGUCACGUUCUUCAGAUGGCUAUGUUUCUCCUUCACCUAUCAGCUCAGGAUAUUUCUGAUGCCUCUGCUGGCAGGGAAGAAAGGACAGCCAAAACUGGUUGUAGAUGAAUGCUUUUGUUGUUUUGCUUUUAGAUUGGAAGCCACACUGCCAGGUACCCCGCGCUAAGCCUAGCAAUUGCUGCUAAUUUGUAUUAUUGAAGAAUUUUGAAAGGAGUUGCACAGUCAACCUUGAUCCAUGGAAACCACAACAUCUAAUUUCAGCUACAUG